AUGAUCACCUUUUGUAUCCAAGCUACAAGUAGUAAGCUUUUGGAUUUUCCACAUGAGUUGUUGGCUACUGAAGCAUCUGAUUUAGAGAAUACACAAUCAGAUUGCAAUAAGUUGGAUUCCAUUGACAGUUUGUCCAAGCAAAUUCAGUCUGCAGCCGCUAUCUUACUGCGCAUAGAUUUAUUGGGAGAUUGUGAUAUUUUGAAAGAAUUUUCUGCCAUCUUUUUCGAAGAUCAAUUUGAUAUUUUAAACCGUCUUCGAUGUCUUCGACAAUGGGCAGCUACAGUUCCGGAUUUACUGAAUAGUGAUAAUCUAUAUUACUGUGUCAAUCAGAGUCGCAAAAGCGUCUUUGACUCAUCAAAGAACUUUCUCGACUCACUUCUUUUGUGUUUAUUCUCGAAAGAUAGAAUCACUUCUUACUGGGAUUUUGUUCCCGUGAAUGUUCGGUCCAAUGUUAUUCUAUCUCUAUCAGUUUGUCUUCAAGUAAUAAUUAAUCUGCUAAGUGAGUCAACUUAUUCUGUUGAAUUGUUCGACACCAAUUCACUGUUUACUGUUCUACUAUCUGGUUCACGACCACUUAUAUUGCUGACGGAUCACGGCAUGAAAUUAUGGUUAAGUGAUUGCCAUCAGUUGAACCAUGAUCGUAUCUCAAGUCAUUAUUGUUACCUGGUAUACUUAUUACUAUUACGGAUCCAGCAAACUGGAAGCAACAUACCUGAAUACAUUCUUGAAAAUAUACAUCAUAAAAUAAUGAGAAAUAAAAGUGUUAUUUGGGCUUUGGUGAUGGAGGCUUGUCAAUCAUCUGAAGAAUCUGUUCCAGGAAAGCAUCUUCAUUUUCAGUUACUACUUACUCAACUUGCUACAGAAUUAGUCAGACAUGUUAUUCCUCCAACAAAUAACGUUGUUAUCAAUCUUGAGGAGAAUUUUAUAAAGUUAUAUAUUGAUAUCACUGGUUUGGCGUUACUUUUAUUAUGUCCAGAUUGGGCUGAUGAAUCAUUAUCACAAUCACAAUGCGAAGCACGAAAAAUUCUGCCCACUAGUGGGAAAUCAUGCUUAGGUUAUUGGUUUUCCUUUCUUUCAUUGCUACAUCCUUCUGAAAUGAAUUGUGUGAUGGAUAUUCUGCUGAUGGAAUUCGCAGCGUUGUCACUGUCAUGGACCAAAGAAUUAAUUGCCUGCUCCCCAGAAAAUGAAAGAUGGGUGAACGUUGCUCAAAAUGAUUCGGUUUCUUUACUUGACAGAAAUUACCCAUGUGCUCGAUUACGUGGUUUGGUGCAUAUACUGGCUAGUAUCUCAUUUUCCAAUCUGUCAACUGAAAAAGUUGUACCGUCAAAUGAAUCUGGGUGUUUCAGAAGUGAAGACUUACCUUGUGAACUUCAGUCACCUACAUCACCAAAGUUUUCAUUUAUUACUCAUCAAGAAAAUGAAAAGUUAUGUGAAUCAGAUAAGAAAAUGCUUAUCACUCAAGAUCGUGCUGAUCGGUUAUGUAAACUCUUAUGCAAUUUGUUAGUUACAUUACAUUUCGCAACUGUUAAACUGGAGAAAUUUCACAGUAUAUCCGAUUCAGUGGACAGUAGUUUACCGCUUCGUAGUGAAUGUAGUAAGGAAAAUGACUUCAAACUUUACGUUUCAAGAUUGGCUAAAAAGAUGAUUCUGGUGCCUAAAACCUCCGUUUUCUCAUUAUUACAAGCUGUUUGUUUCAAACAAGAUAUAAUAAGAUGCAUGGUUGCAUUGAUUACACAAUAUCCUCAUCUAUCACUUUCACUAGUGCUACAUAAAUUCAAUUUCAGUGAAUUUUCAACUGAUGAAACAUUGGGCAGUAUACCAUUACUUGCCAUUAGUUCCUUAUUGAUUGAAGAUAAAGUUUUCAUAUGUCCAUCAUUUGGAGCUAUGCUUUACAGAAAAUGUUUUGUGUUAAAUAUUUCUUCUAAAAUAAUCUCUGCAUACAAUCGAAGUAUCUGCUUUCAAUCCAAUGAUCUUAAUAAACGAUUAUGUCAUUCAGUGAAUCUUACUGAGUCCACUCUCCUUUCCUCUACAAUUUCACACGAAUUAUUAUCAACAUGGAUUAAUAGUAAAUAUAUUCCUAAUGAUUUGUUGCAACAGGAGUUUUCUGAUGUCUUUGCACAGAACAAUUUAAAAAAUUUACUGAUAUUAUGUCAAGAUGAAGUAUCUGUAGGUCGUUGGCGUAGAAUUGAAUCCUCCCUUUCUGAUAAAAUAUAUCAUCAUAAAAAUAAUUCUUAUUCAUUACUGGAUAGUUUAUUCUUAGAUUUAUAUCAAAUGGAGUUGACUGUUGAUGCAAUAACUGGAGUACAGAUGAUCGGACAUGUGUGUAGGAGUAAAUUUGGUGAACAAAAUUUGUCCAUGCACAACCAAAACUUUGAUCAUCUACGUAUUCGCUUAGAUAUACUUAAUCCUGAUCUACUACUGACUAAGCUUUAUGACCCAUUAGUCAAUAUUGGAGUGAAACAUGUGAAUCAACUUCUUGAACGUUGUCCAGAACUACCGUUGUCUACUAUGACGUGUAUAUCUCCAUAUCCAAGUAAUAUAUUGUCGCAGAAAACUAUUCUUCAAGAAGCUUUAGAAGUAUUAAACCACUAUCUUAUGCAUAAUGACUUAGUAAAUGUUGUUCAGCGUUUUCCAAGUGUCCUACUUCGUGACAGGCUUGAAUUAAUUAGCUUAUGUGAAUUUUGUAUCCACGAAUUACAUUUGGAGUCAUUUGACAUUAUACGUGCAUUAUCUUCACCGAAUCAUAAACAUUCAUUGCGUCAUUCAACUGGUAUCAGCAUAUGUAAAUGUCCUGUUUGGGAAUUACCAUUAAAAGACGUUCGUGCAAGAUUUACACUUUUACGUCUGGCAGGAUGUUGGCCGUUAUCAAGACCAUCAGUUGGGAAGUCCAUUAAUGUUGAUCAGAAGUUGGCAUCUUUUUUGAAAGCGUCUCCUGCAGAGCUUUCUCACUGUUUGAAUAUGAAUCUACGAAUUUCUACAUCUAAGGCUAAAAAAUAG